UGUUGGUAGUGGCUUUUUGUAGCUGUCUCCUUCACUAAAAACCCUGAGCUUGUUUGUCCUUCUCCAAUGGCGACUAUCUGCAAACCCUCCAUCUCUCUGUUUUUGUCAUUGUCAUUGUUUGUUGUGAGUUGUGCUAUGGAUGAAGGUGAUAAUCUUCUAAGAUUUAAAGACUCUAUUAAUGACCCUUUAAACCUUCUUUCAAGCUGGUCUAAACACUCGACAAGUGAAUGUAACUGGAGAGGUAUCACUUGUACAUCUUCUUCUUCCAUAUCUUCUAUUAACCUUGUAAGUUUCAAUCUUUCAGGUUCAAUCUCAUCUUCUAUCUGUGAACUUCCUAAUCUUGUUCAUCUCAAUCUUGCAAAUAAUCUCUUUAAUCAGCCUAUACCUCUGCAUCUCUCACAGUGUGCUUCUUUACAGAGUCUUAACCUCAGUAACAAUCUCAUUUGGGGCACUAUUCCUGACCAGAUUUAUCUGUUUCAGUCACUCAAAAUUCUUGAUUUCAGUAGAAACCAUCUACAAGGAAGGAUCCCACAAGGCAUAGGCUCAUUGAAACACCUUCAAUUUCUCAACUUGGGAAGCAACUUGCUUUCAGGUCCUUUUCCUCUCAUUCUUGCUAACUUAACUCAACUUAUCAUUCUUGAUCUAUCUCAAAAUCCAUUCUUCCUCACUCACAUUCCUCCUGAUAUUGCUAAACUUACUAAGCUUCAGAUGCUUUUCUUGCAAAGCUCUGGUUUUUAUGGUGAAAUAGUACCAAACUUGUUCCAGGGUUUAAAAAGUUUGGUCAUUUUGGAUUUAUCAAACAAUAAUAUCACUGCUACUUUACCAAAAGUUGGCUUUUCUCUACCAAACUUGGUAUCUUUUGAUGUUUCACGAAACAAGCUUUCUGGCCCAUUUCCAAAUGGUAUAUGUGAAGCCAAAGGUCUUGUCCAUCUUGGUUUACAUACAAACUUCUUCAAUGGUUCAAUACCUAAUGACUCCAUUAACAAGUGCAUGAAUCUUGAAAGGUUUCAAGUUCACGACAACUUGUUCUCCGGGGAUUUUCCUUCAUGGUUAUGGUCAUUGCCCCGAAUAAAGCUCAUCACAGCUGAAAACAACAACUUCUCUGGAGAAAUUCCUGAUUCCAUAUCAGGGGCUGCUCAGUUGGAGCAAGUUCAGAUUGAUAAUAAUAGGUUUGCUAGUAAAAUUCCGCAAGGUCUUGGGUUGAUUAGAAGCUUGUACAGAUUUUCUGCAUCUGUCAAUGGUUUGUAUGGUGAGCUUCCUACAAACUUGUGUGAUUCACCAGUAAUGAGCAUUUUAAAUCUGUCACAUAAUUACCUCUCUGGAACAGUUCCUGAAUUGAUGAAUUGCAAAAAGAUAGUCUCCUUCUCACUAGCUCAUAACAAUUUGAUUGGUGAAAUACCAAAAUCACUUGGUGCACUGCCUGUUUUAACAUAUCUUGAUCUUUCCCAGAAUAAUCUUACUGGUCAAAUUCCACAAGAGCUUCAGAACUUGAAGCUUGCUUUAUUUAAUGUCUCAUUCAAUCAGCUAUCCGGUAGAGUUCCAGCUUCAUUGAUUUCUGGCCUUCCUGCUUCAUUUUUGCAAGGAAAUCCUGACCUCUGUGGUCCAGGAUUCUCCAAUUCUUGCUCACAAGAAAAAGCAAUGCCUAAGGGUGUUAAUCUUUCAAAAUUAGCAUCCGCCUUAUUAAUUUCAGCUGUUGCAAUUUCUUCGAUAAUUGCUGCUGCUGUUGGAUUUUACAUUAUAAGGCGGUGUAGGAAACAAAGAUCCGAAAUGAAUGGUUGGAGAUCAGUUUUUUUCUACCCUUUGAGAGUUGCUGAGAAUGAUGUGAUGAUGCAAAUGUGUGAUAAGAAUGCUAGAGGAAAUGGGGGAACCUUUGGAAGAGUUUAUAUUGUGAAUUUACCAAGUGGGGAGCUGAUAGCUGUGAAGAAGUUAAUGAAUUUCGGAACUCAUUCUUCAAAAUGUGAGAUAAAUACUUUAGCAAAGACGAGGCAUAAGAACAUCACAAAAAUUCUUGGAUUUUGUUACUCUAAUGAUGCGAUAUUCUUGAUAUAUGAAUAUGUAGCAAGAGGAAGCCUAGGGGAUCUGAUUGGGAAACCUGAUUUUGAAUUACCAUGGAGUGUUAGGUUGCGCAUUGCCAUUGGAGUAGCUCAAGGACUUGCAUAUCUUCAUAAAGAUUACCUCCCACAUUUACUUCAUCGAAACCUGAAAUCAACUAAUAUUCUUCUUGAUGCUGAUUAUGAACCAAAGAUGACCGAUUUUGCUCUAGACCGGAUAAUUGGAGAAGCUGCAUUUAAGUCAUCUUUGGGUUCAGAUGCUUCCUGUUAUUUGGCACCAGAAUAUGGAUACACGAAAAGGGCUAGUGAGGAAAUGGACACAUACAGCCUUGGUGUAAUCCUUCUAGAGCUUAUAACAGGGCGGCAAGCAGACAAGGCAGAAUGCGGUGAUGUGGUAAAGUGGGUAAGAAGGAAAAUCAACAUUACAAAUGGAGCACUUGAAAUUAUUGAUCCCAAAAUUUCAAGUGCUUCUCAACAUGAGAUGCUUGGAGCUCUCGACAUUGCUCUGUGCUGCACGUCUGUAAUGCCAGAGAAACGACCUUCAAUCUUCCAAGUUCUGAGGAUACUGCAUUCUCUCCAUUCAACAUCCAACCUUCCAUAUAUCCAUCAACCAUCCACUUCCACCUAUACUCUUUCUUAAUUCUGCUCAUGUACCCCUCCUAUAAAUGCUCAAAUUCCCCAUAUAUUUUACUAUUUCGAAAUGCCUUUAACUAUCCAAAUUCCCCACCAUAUAUUAUAUUUGGUUCUAAACAUCUCUUUCUUCUUUUGACUUCUUGUUUUUUAAAUGAAGGAAUGAGGAGUCUUUGUACUUGACUUGAAU